AUGGAGAACUCACCAAGCUCGGCUGAAGAACAGCCAUACGACAGAGUCAAAGCAUUCCUGAGAAACUUCAGACGGACGCUCAAAACCUCAAGCUUCUGGAUUGACGGCGACCAGAUCUUCCGAUUCCCAUCACUCUCAAAGGACGACUGGCGCAAGAUAAACUAUCAUGUGUGCGUAUUCUACCCUAUAGAUGAACCGGACCCAUACAGACAACUUCGAUUCUCUUACCAGACCUCAACGUCCAUCCUCACCAUUCGAUUUCAGUAUUCCGACCUGCGCCAAGGAAUGAUUGAGUUCCUUUACAAUCGCUUUAUGCUGGCGACCGGUUGGCCAUAUAUGAAAAUUGGGAGGUACCAACACCGUGACGUUUACCACGGCGAAGCUGCAGGUUCCUUCAUAGGCGCGGACUUGUUGAUUCGAGAGAAUUAUCCCCUCUAUCAGAAUGAGCUCAACAAACAGAUCAAAAUGGCCAUUCACGUUGGGUGCUCCGACACUUACGACGAGCUUCUCGAAAACGUACGACCCUGGCUGACAGGAUUCCAGCCCAAGCCCGUCGUCUAUGUGAUGUUGGUCAAAAUCACAGAAGAGCCAGAAUACCACUGUCCUCUAGGUGACAUAUCGGACGAGGAAUUCGAGCGUCGAGGGCUCAAGACCGCAGACGCGAUAUUUGCACAGGACUUCGUGAAGGAAGGCAAAUACGGGCCAGUGUCUUAUCAGGGUGAUCGAUGGACAGGAGAAAUCAAAGAAAUCUUCUGGGAAAUCUGGAAGCUGAACCCCGAAACACGAGAGCCCGAGCUCGUUAGUGGACGAGAGUUCAUCAUCCCAGAGGGCAACCCUCAGCUUCGACUCCACGACUUUCUAUCGCCCUCGUACGCUUCUGAACAACUUUCACCAGACUGGGAGUUCUACCGAACGGGCUUGCGAUUUCAAAUUGUUGAUCUGGCACAGCGUCGAUACCGGGUAUGGCAAAUCCUGCGUGAGAAGAAGAAAAUGGGUGCAACGGCGGAGUAG